CUGACGACGGCAGACAGUAUGGCGGAAAAGUUUGACAACCUGGAGGAACACUUGGAAAAGUUUGUGGAGAACAUCCGACAGCUGGGGAUCAUAGUGAGCGAUUUCCAGCCCAGCAGCCAGGCUGGCCUCAACCAGAAGCUGAAUUUUAUGAUUACCGGAUUGGCAGAUAUAGACAAGUGUCGGCAGCAGCUUCAUGACAUCACCGUUCCCUUGGAAGUAUUUGAUUACAUUGACCAAGGUCGUAACCCCCAGUUAUAUACCAAGGAGUGUUUGGAGAGAGCAUUAGCUAAAAACGAGCAAGUGAAGGGUAAAAUUGAUACAAUGAAGAAAUUCAAAAGCCUUCUAAUCCAAGAGCUCUCCAAAGUGUUUCCGGAAGACAUGGCAAAAUAUAAGGCCGUCAGAGGCGAGGAUCAUCCACCAUCUUAACGUGCCAAUCUCGUGGCAACAUGCUGAAAGCCUUAUAAUUAUCAUUAUUAUGGACCUUGAUGAUGUAACUUGCAAGAACAUUCUAGAAAGAACAAUUCUUACAUAUCACUGGAAAUGGAUACAUGAUCCACCAUCAUGGGCUCACAGUUUUCUGAACAUGGU